AUGAAAGUAACAAUGUCAAACGAUUCUGUUAAUAACAUCUCAUCGAUCAAGUAUAUUAGGAAAAUAAAAUUAACAAUGGAGUUAUAUUCUGGUCGAGUAUUUUAUUCCGCACAGAAACUAAAAGGUCAUGAAACUUAUAUUUAUGGAGAUCAUAAACCAGGAAUUGGUGGAGACAAACUACCAGGACAAAGAAUCGAGGCACCAACCAGUGUUUAUCCACCUGGAGUAGGCAGUAAACUACCUCCGUGGCUGGCAUUCGACAAACAGGCCUUAUCUUUUGAUGCCUAUUUCCAAGAAUCUGUUAAUGAAAGACGUGAAGAACAAUAUCGUAUUAGAAGAUGCAAAAUCUUAUUUUAUCCAGAAGAUGAUACUAUUCAGGUAGAUGAACCACGAAUUGCAAACACUGGAAUGGCACAGGGAACAAUCAUCAAGCGACAUCGUAUUCCCAAACCUAAGCCAAAUGAUCAUCUCUAUUAUACAGUACAUGACUUCAAUGUGGGGACAGAAUUUACAGCUUAUGGAAAAACAUUUCGUAUUGUUUCUUGUGAUCAUUUUACGGCAAAUUUUCUACGUAAACUCGGUGUAACAUUAGGCGCACCGGAACCUAUACCAGAUGAUCCUUACAGUAUGCAUCGUAAAGCUUUUACUGAGAGUAUGCAACCACGUAGACCAUAUGAAAGAAUGGAUAAACUUCGUCAAUUUCUUGAUCAUGAUCGUCAUGUUUUGAGAUUUUUCUGCUUUUGGGAUGAUACAGACUCACUUUAUGGUGAUCCUAGAGAAAUGGUAUUGAAUUAUUACUUAGCUGAUGAUACAAUUGAAAUACGUGAAGUUAUGUCGGACAAUUCAGGUCGUGAUGCUGCACCAUGCUUUUUACGUCGUCAAAAACUACCACGUACAGUCUCACCUAUACCGUUACCUGGUGUAGUCACUGAUAGAACACUGUUAAAUGUAUCUUUUCAAUCACAAAAAGCUGAACAUUAUAUACUUGAUAGUUUAAAGCUGGGUGCACCUAAAGAAAAUUUCUACAAAGAUUAUGAUUUAAGAAUCGGUGCAAAUAUUAAUGUUUACGGGAGGAAAUUUUUAAUUUGUGACUGUGAUGAAUUUACCAAAGAGUAUUAUCGUGUAAAGUAUGGUAUAGAAGAUUUCACUCCAGUUAAGCCAAAACUUCCAGAACAACUUGUCACAAUGAAACGUGAAAUUCCACCACAUAAUGGUUGGGGCACUGAAGAAGAUUCAUUAACCAAUUGUUUUAGUUUAAUACCAAAAGCACACAAUUCGAAUUUUAAAAAAUUCAUGGAAUUCGAUCGUCAAGGUUUCGAAUCACAUGUGUUACGUUUUGCUGGUAAACUAUUGUCUGGUCUAAUGGUAGAUCGUGAUCGUCAAUUUGUGAUUAGUUAUCAUUUGUCAGAUGAUACUAUUUCGAUUUUUGAACAACAUGAAAAUAAUUCAGGUUUCAAAGGUGGUCUAUUCUUAGAUCGAAAACGUGUAAAAAAACCUGACAGUAAAUUAUUUGAUGAAAAACCAAUAGAAUAUUAUAAACCAACAGAUUUUUAUGUUGGUGCUAUAUUAGAUUUGAAUAAUUUUCUAUUUGAAUUAAUUGAAGCGGAUGAGUAUACAUUAGAUUUUAUGGAAAAGCAUAAAACACAAUUUAAACAAUCUGAUUGUCAAUUCAUAAUGAAUAAAUUAAAAACAUUAUUGAAUCGUGAAGUGUGUGAUGCAAAUGUUCAAUAUGCUAUGAGGCAAGAUCCAUUUGAUACUGGAUCAUUUGAUAUAGGUCAAAUGAGAAUUUUAAUUAAUCAAUUAACUGGUCAAGAGAAUGUAAUAACCAAUCAUGAACUCGGGACAUUAGCAAGACAUUAUGGUGUUAUACCGCCUAAACCAAUACGACAUGAAAUUAUAUUUGGGAUUGCACAACAAACACUACGUAGAAAAGGAUUUGAAGAUUUUCCUAGUUUACUGCUUGCCUGUCGUCAACAAGAUAUCAACAAAACCGGUGAACUGGACCGGUUGGCAAUAAGGCGUGUAUGUGUAGUGCAUCGCCUACCGUUACCUGAUGAUAUGUUGAAUUCACUUAUGAAUUGCUCAAUCAAUCAAAAUAAUCUUAUACCAUAUGAACAAUUCAUUAAUCAACUGAACUGGAAAGAUUUUGGCACUAUGGAACAACAAUUAUCGUCAUCAGCAGCAUCAACGAUUCACGCACCAACAGAUUAUGUUGGCAAUAUUGAUGUGGAUUGGUUACCGAUCAGUCAAGGUGAUGGACCGAAAUCACUUGGUCUUAGUACAAAACCCAAAAUAAAUAGAAUCAAUUAUAAACAAUUCAUCAAUGAUUUAUAUGAACGAGUUGUAUUCCCUGAAAAACAACCAUUUCAAUGA